AUGGAGAAGGAAGAAAGGAGGAGGAAGAUCAUCUCUCGAGGGAAUGACCGCCUCGCAUUGAUCACCGGCAAGAUCCAGAAACUCGAAUCCGAUGCCUUCCCCAAAUCCUCAUCGUUUAACGCUCCCGAUCGCCGCGAAGAUGUCCAGGGGGCGCAACACGCGCGAUCGGCGUCCGAAUAUACGGCUCCUGACGACAAGUCCUUCCUCCGCGGGGAGUAUCGUCAAGGUGGAGAUGGUGUGCCUGAGACGAUAAUGGAAAAUGAUGAGGAAGUGGAAGUUCCUAAACGAAAUGAUCAAAGAAUGCUAAUUCCAGAGGUGCAAAAUCACAACCUGCAGAAGCAUGAGGAGAAGCCCGAAUUGCAGAAGCUUUCGGAUAAGCGCAAAGUGCAGAAGCACGAUGCACAAAAGCAAGAAAAGAAGCAUGAUCCGCAGAGGCGUGAGGGGAAAGAAGUAGCAGUAGUAAAGUCGGAUAUUGCAGUCUUAGCUGAAAAGUACUUGGACUACAUUCUUGGUUCGAUAUCUCUUAAGGAAAUAAAUUUCAGCAUAAUCACCACCGAAGAUAUACGUGUUAUGUGUACUAUAGUGCUAGCAGUAAUGGUAGUUCUAUACCAUGCUUUUGUUCCUCAAAACACCACGAGGCACAAGAGCCUCAUUGGCCACAGGCCCAUGUACGUGCUACUCUUGACCGAUGUAUGUAUAGUUGCUACAAGAUUGGCUCCAUUCGCCCAGCGAAGAAGGGAAGAAAUCAGAGCACCACAGGUUCAGGAAGUUGGAGAUGGACAAGAAUGGGGAGGAGCUAUUAGAUUGAUGGAGUUGGGAUUAGUAUUGCAUCAGACGGUCCGUGCCCUCUUCAUAGAUUUAAGCUUUUAUGUGGUGAUUGUCGUGUCGGGCAUCACUAUGUUAUGAAAAUACUCGGUUAUGCACGCGCAAUCCAGAACUCUCCUCUUUGUUUGGUGAAUCAAUGUGUCUGAAGCGGCUUCGUCUCAGCAUCGAGAAUGAGGCAAAAUGUAUUCUGCCCUAUAGGAAUCUUGAAG